CUCGGAAUGACAGAACACGGAGCAAGUGAUACCGGGCAGCUCUUCCAUUCUGAGGCUUAGCUAUUCCUAAGCGCCAGGCCGGGAAUGAGUUUGCCCAAACUCCGGAUGACAGCUUCCGGUCUGGUAACUCCUGGGCGCGUUCGCGCUGCAGGAAGUCGAGGGAGCGUGGGUUUGGUGAACGCGCCUCCCCCCCUCCCCUCCGCGGGGACCGGAAGCGGAAGCGGCGCGAAGAGUCUGGGGGAACCGGAGACUGAGGGAGAGCGAGGUGUUAACGUGUGAGAUGAUGUUAUCUGUGUGACAAGAAUAUUAUUUGAGCAGUGGAAAUGGUUUAGGUUCCAGACCUUGUGCAAAGCGUGAGCACAGGGACCCAGUUCCUACAUAAAGCCGUGUUCCAGUACAGAGAGGUGGAUUAAAGGACAGAACGUUGCCAGUUUACAGGUGCCGUAAGCAUGCCGAUUUGAUGGUCUCCUUCCCUGCGAGUGACGGUUUGCAGUUUGAGGCCUUCUCCAUGAACUGACCACAAAGCUGCCAUCCUGUGAAUGCCGUGCUGACCACCCUAAAAGGCAACAUGGAGGAGUCUCACUUUAACUCCUCGUAUUUCUGGCCUGCAGUGCCCACAGUCUCUGGACAGACAAUACCACACUCGUAUCCCUCACAGCAGAUUGACAACUCCAUGUUCCUGAACAAAGUCAAGGAGCAGCUGAUCCAGGAGAAAGGAUGCAACCUGAGCUCCCAUUACCCGACGCUCCUGACCGUACCCACCUCCAUGUCUCUGCCCGCGGGGAUCAGUAUGGACACGGACAGCAAGGUGGAGCUGCAUGGUAUCCAGCAUAGCCAAGCGUCUGUCACGCAGAACAUCACUGUGCUACCUGUGCCCACUACUGGGCUUAUGACUGCCAGCCUGGUGAUUACGUCUCCUUCCGGAUCCUUGGUGACCACGCCAUCAUCUUCAUGCCAGACGUUUCCCAUCACUGCCCCAUCCACCAUGAUCGUCUCCACUCUGCCCGGUUCCCAAACUCUGCAAGUGGUGUCGGAUCUCACGAAGGCCAAAAUCUCUGAAUUGGGUGCCACAGGGACUCUCAAAUCUGGCCGGGGGCGGAAGAAGAAGCGUCUCCCAGAACCCACUCUGCCUGAUCUUAAUGACCCCUACGACCUUUCCAAUGAGGAUGAGGAUGACCAUCAAAAGGAUGGGAAGACCUAUCGGUGCCGCAUGUGUUCCAUCACCUUCUUCUCCAAAUCCGAAAUGCAGAUUCAUUCGAAGUCUCACACGGAAGCAAAGCCACACAAGUGCCCGCACUGCUCCAAAUCAUUUGCUAAUAGCUCCUACCUAGCCCAGCACGUGCGCAUACACUCGGGGGCUAAGCCCUACACCUGCACCUACUGUCAGAAAGCCUUCCGCCAGCUCUCUCACCUCCAGCAGCAUACACGGAUCCACCUGAAGGUGCACGGUGCUGUGUCCAAGCCCCACAAGUGCCCGCACUGCUCCAAAACCUUCGCCAACAGCUCCUACCUGUACCAGCACGUGCGCAUCCACUCGGGGGUAAAGCCCUACAACUGCAGCUACUGCCAGAAGGCCUUCCGCCAGCUCUCUCACCUCCAGCAGCAUUCACGGAUCCACACGAAGGUGCAUAGUAUUGUAUCCAAGCCAUACAAGUGCCCGCACUGCUCCAAAACCUUCGCCAACAGCUCCUACCUGCACCAGCACUUGCGCAUCCACUCGGGGGCAAAGCCCUACAACUGCAACUACUGUCAGAAGGCCUUCCGCCAGCUCUCUCACCUCCAGCAGCAUACACGGAUUCACACCGGAGACAGACCCUACAAAUGUGUUCAUCCCGGCUGUGACAAAGCCUUCACCCAGCUUUCCAAUCUGCAGUCUCACCGGAGGCAGCACAAUAAAGACAAACCUUUCAAGUGCCACAAUUGCCACAGAGCGUACACUGACGCAUCUGCCUUGGAGGUCCACCUGUCGACGCAUACUGUCAAGCAUGCAAAAGUGUACACGUGUUCCAUCUGUAGCCGGGCAUAUACUUCGGAGACUUAUCUGAUGAAGCAUAUGAGAAAACACAAUGCUCCUGAACCCCAGCAGCCGCCUCCAACGCAAGUGUUGACUUCACAGGCACAUUUCACCCCAGUCUCUCAGGCCUCUGAUGGGCCUCAGUGCUCCUUUGACAUGAAUCCCUUCAAGACUGAUCAUCACAAAGACUUGUGUCUGACUGUGGCCACCAGCACAAUCCAAGUGGAACACCUUGCCAGCUCCUAGUUAUAUGUUAGGGGACAUUUUGGCCCCUAUGUUAAGAUGAUAGGGGGGGACUUUGGACCAGACCCAUUGUAGGAAGAAGAGAAAGAAUGGGUUCUAGGCUAGCCUCAACUUUUGGGUGGGAUGGGGGUUAAAAAGGACAACAAAACACAGCCCGAUAUUAUAGGGGGAGGGCGCUACUUUGAGGAAGCCUUAAUUUGAGGGAAGAUGAAUUAAACAUUACGCUUACCCCAGCUGUGAUGUGUAGUGGGGUGCAAGCUGUUGCAGUUUAUGGGCAGAAUGAGAAAACUUGUUCUAAAGAGCAGUUGGUGGAAAUUGAGCUUGUGGAGUUGCUUUAAUGCCACCCUAACACCAGAGGGCAGUGGCUGUGCUCCGUACGUGGGCAUCACGGUGAGGCAGCAGUGGCACCUCGCUGAGUGUGAAGUUAGUAGCCAGUCAUUGCUUACCAUGCUUUGGUGAACAUCCAGGACACCCAAACUUGGCAAGACCCUCACUGGGGGGCGAGUUCCGGGCUUCCCCGGUGUAACAAAGCUGCCAUUGUAACCUUUCCCCGGAGUGGAGGCAGUAGCCCUGUUAACACUUCAGUUGCCUCGUGCUUUCAUGUAACCACCAUGGAACGUGUAAACCCCUCAACACAGGACAUUGGCAGACUCUCCCAGUCGGACUAAAGGAGAGAAGAAAAUUUGGGCUUCUUGGACUUAACUAUUUUAUACCCUGAGAAUUAAAUGGGGACCGGGGGGGGUUACACUUUGUAUUAUGUAUUAUUAUGUUAUCCUUAUUUGGUUCCAAUUCUUCCUCCAUUGACGAGCCCUACCUGGAAGCGCCCAUUGCAGAAGGGUCCGGGGGGAGCUAGUUUUAAGGACUGACGCUACGGAUCUCUAGCGAGGGAGGAGUUCAUGGAUUUACGCUCUGCAUUAAAAAUUUAUAUUAGAUAGUUCUGCUAAUCUGCCAGGCAACGAGCGUGCAGCCUGUAUCCUGGAUAUAAUUAUGUAUAAAUAUAUACAGAACAAAGUGUAUUUAACUGCUGUCGUCCACUUACUGCUAUUGCACAUUUGCCUCAUUUGUGCAGACGUGUAGGGAAGCGAUUCAUUGGCACCCCUUUCCUAUCCUGCAUUAUCGACCCCCCCCAACCCCAGUCUGUGCUAUUGGAUUCUAUAUGCACCAAUCCGGAGCCUGCUCUCAUCUGUAUACAGGAAACCAUAUUUAGGGUACAAAACUGGUGUCAUGUAAUAUGCAUUGGGCACACACGUGAUCUGUCAUAUUACAUGUCUGCAGGGGGAGGGGACACUCACGCCUCACACACGUCUCAAUAAUCCGUAUAAGGAGCAGUUAAAAAGUUCAUUUUGCCCCCAGGUAAGGAAUGAAAACUUACACACGCGCAUAUCUGUUGAAAGGGUCGUUUUCAUUAGUGAUUUCCUAAAAUGUAUAGUUUGCCUUUUUUUGAAAAAAUAAAUUUUAACCCUUUUUUAUAUGAGCUAUACAGAU